AUGUCUGGCAAAGGAAGUGGCAAGUCCAAGUCUGGCAAGGCAUCCGGCGAACCCUCUGGCAAGUCCCAGUCGCGUUCCGCCAAAGCUGGUCUCCAGUUCCCCGUCGGUCGUGUCCACCGUCUUCUCAGGCGGGGCAACUAUGCGAAGCGUGUCGGUGCGGGCGCACCUGUCUACCUCGCUGCAGUACUUGAGUAUCUUGCAGCUGAAAUCCUUGAGCUAGCGGGAAAUGCGGCACGCGACAACAAGAAGCAACGUAUCAUUCCUCGACAUCUGCAGCUCGCCAUCCGGAACGAUGAAGAGUUGAACAAGCUCCUUGGCGACGUUGUCAUAUCGCAAGGUGGUGUUGUACCAUUCAUCAACCCAGAGCUCUUGCCCAACAAAACACAAAAGGGUAAGAAGGACAGCCAGGAGGUGUAG